AUGCUCCUUACUUCACCUCGCAAUAGCGUUCCAGCUCAUAUCAACCUGUUCACCCUUCUUGACUGUACCGUCUUGCUUGUACCGAAUCCGCAGCCACCGACGAUCUCCGCGCUUACGGCUGCUCACAAGCUUCGUGUCGCUGGAGUUUCAAACCUUGAUGAACUGAUCAGCAAGAGACAUCCUCAUUAUCCCUACACAAAAACUUUCGACGAAGCCAGCCAUGAACCUCUCCUUGCCUUCCAUAAUUCAGGAUCUACUGGUCUUCCGAAGCCGAUUGUCUGGUCCCAUGCCUUUGCGGCGGCAUACAUCAAGAUGACACAUCUGGAUCCGCCAUCUGGAUACAAGUCUCAGGACAGACUCUUCCAAGCAAACAGACUGUUGUUCAUGCUGCCUCCUUUCCAUGCUGCAAAUCACUGCACAACCUUAUGCAACGCGAUUAUCAAUCGAACAACCAUAAUCUAUCCGCUUGCAGCAGCGAUCCCGACGGCACAGGUCAUGGUGGACGCACUCAAACACACAACGGCGGACGUUGCUGUUGUUCCUCCAACUAUUAUAGCAGAAAUUGGCAAGGACAGUGCCAUGUUGGACUUCGUCGCCGAAAGACUAGAAACCCUACUCUACGCUGGCGGAGAUGUACCUCAAGCUUUUGGUCAUCCUGUUGCAUGCAGGAUGCAGCUAGUGAACAUAUACGGGGCUUCAGAGAUGGGAGCUCCUCCCUCGAUUCGACCAGAGGGUGCGUGGCCACGCGAAGACUGGAAAUACGUGGUUAUCCAUCCAGAUACUGGAGUCGAGUUCGAGCACCAUUCGGAUGAUCUACACGAACUGUGCAUAGUCAGAAAUCCAAAGUUCGAAUCCUGGCAACCUGUUUUCAAAUUGUACCCUGACCUCCAGAGAUUCCCUAGCGGAGAUCUCUUCUCACCUCAUCCAUCCAAGCCCGGGCUUUGGAAACAUCAAGGCAGGUCCGACGACAUUAUAAUCUUCCUAACAGGGGAGAAGACCAAUCCCACCUCUAUGGAAGAGCGCAUUAACAGCCAUCUUGAAGUUCGCGCAGCGUUAGUCGCUGGUGCUCAAAGGUUUCAAGCUGCCCUCCUCAUCGAACUCGCGGCUGAGAAGGCUCUUUCAGCUGCCGAACGUGCAGAGACCCUUGAGCGCAUAUGGCCAACGAUCCAAGAAGCAAACAAAGACUGCCCUACUCAUGCUAUGAUAGACAAAUCACACAUUCUUUUCGUGAAUCCCAACAAGCCUAUGUUGAGAGCAGGGAAAGGCACUGUGCAACGAAGGCCAACUCUAAGCCUAUACGCAGAAGAGCUACAAGCUUUAUAUGCUGACGCGGAGAAAGUCACUGUUCCCCCUUCAACAGAUGCCAAACAGGUUAUCGAUGUACACGACCCUGAAAAUACCUCUUCCUUCAUACGCGAGACGAUCACUAAACGCACCGGUUGGACUCAAUUCGGAGAUGGAGACAAUUUGUUCCUGCUAGGCAUGGACUCCCUGCAAGCACUCCUCAUCACACGUGAUCUGAAUCAAGUUUUGGCCGAUUCGGAGAUUGCUGUCAGCACAGUGUACACUAACCCUACAGUAUCUUCGCUCGUCAGUGCAAUAUCAGAGCUCUCGGCCAUGAGUCGGCAAUCACAGGUUUUUUAUCAGCAGGCACGUCAGCAAGUGAUUGAUGCGACCUUUCAGGAGCACAAAAAUUCGAUCGACAACCUCGUUAACAACUUGCAGACAAAACCAACUAAGUCAAGUGCCGCUCGGAUUGCGGGACACAAGAAGCAUACCGUGAUUUUGACUGGGUCAACAGGUGCAUUGGGUUCAUAUCUGCUCCAGGUGCUCUCCAAUUCCCCAUCUGUAUCGCAUGUCUACUGUCUAGAUAGAGCGUUGGAUUCUUCAUCUACUCGAUCACAGCGAAACAGGAUCCGCAGGACCACGAGUGAUUAUCCUCAAAUCGAGUGA